AUGGCAUCGGAAUUGAUUUACAAGGAAGAAAUAAACAUGGCAGUCCCGGCGCACAGGGUUUGGAAGGGAAUUGUCCUCGAUAGCGAGAACAUCAUUCGCGAAAUCAUGCCCGAAGCCAUCAAAAGCAUACAAGUCCUCGAGGGAGAUGGCCGUGGUGUUGGAACUAUCCAAAUCGUCCAUUUUGGUGAAGUGAGUCCCAUGAAGACCUCGAAGCAGCGAAUCGACGUGAUAGACGAAGAGAAUUACAUAUUCCAAUACACGGUACUGGAAAUCGAGGAUUUCGAUGGGCUAGUGGACUCAGUCAAAAAAGUUAUAAAGAUCGAACCGGGAAGUCAUCCGGAGGGGAGAUCAACGGUGUAUAAGUACACCAACACAUACUACACCAAAGGGGAGCAACAUCACAGCGCAAUCAAAGACCGGAUCAAAGACAUUGCCAAGAAGAGCGAGACAGCCUUCUUUAAAGCGGCCGAGAACUACCUCUUAUCACAUCCCGAUAAAUACAAUUGA